CUUGGCUUGGCUUGCUCGCCGCUGGGCCAGGAGAUGUGAGAAAGACAAAUGAGCCAUGCACAACACACGCAUAGCACAUUGGUGGUCUGUCUGUCUGCCUGCCUAAGUGGGUGGUGGUGUCGUCCAUCCCUCAGGGAUGGGCCCAUGGUCAAACACCACCUCCCUGUGGCAGGUCCACGUCUGCAGGAUGGCCUCGGGCGUGCCGAUACCUGCUGCCAUGGGGUCGCCAGCCGGACCAAACCUGCACACACGAACCGAGCGAGGCACACAGACAGAGAGACAGCGACACGAAGUGAGCACAAAACAAAACGAAGGAAGCAAGACAGACAGACAUGGGAGCCGACCAGUGGUUUUGUGGCGCGCCGGUGGUUCUGGCCCUCAGCCCUGCGUAUGUGGUGCCGUUGACGGUGCUGCCCAGGAUCUUCUGAAGGAACAACAUGUCACUCGACACCACGGCUGCCGUCAAGUGGUGAGACAUCCUGCACACACACACACACACACACAAACACACAAACACACACACACAGACACACACAUAUACCCAACACACCAGUCGCCUCCUCCUCAGAGAUGCAUUCGUUGGCACAGUCGCUCUGUACUGUACCAUUCGCACAUCUCGAUAAGCUUGCCUUCCUCUCCGUCUUGCCACUCAGUGACCACCUGCACCGGCCCGAACAGCUCCCUCGUGCAGGUGGGGAAGAAGUUGGGCUGCAGCAGCGUGUCCAAAGGCACCAGCACUGCAGAAGGCUCCACGGCACCAUACUGCUCCGGGAUCUUGUGGUCCUCCAAAGGACGGCCGCCAAACAGCAGGCGGGCACCGGGGAGACUCGACAAGGCCUGCACCGCACCCGUGGAGGAUUUGCGGUUGUGGUGGCUGCGGUGCGUGUGUGGGUGGGUGGUGACGUGAGUCACCAACCUCGAUGUGGUCCAUGAUGUCUUUGGUGGUGUGGGAGAGCACUGGCGACAACGUCAGCUCAGCCAGGCUGCACACACGAAGCGAAAGGACACACACGUAUCGUAUGGAUGAUGGAUGGAGUGCCUUGCGUUGCCUUGCAUUGUGUGGUCAGACAUUUGUGUCUGGCCCGGCUGGUUGACCUUCUUCUCUUGGCGAGUGCGGCGACCUUGUCGUAGAGGCCAGCACUCACCCAGUUCUUGUGCGCGGCCACCAGCGACUGCGCAGAACACUUCUGGCCUGAAUUGAAUGAAACACGCAAUCAGUGAAAAAGAAAGAAACCGUCUGUCGAGUCGAUCGCGUUGCUUGUGUCGUGGCCGUGUUGUGUUGUGUGGUGCGGUGGGGAUGGCGGUAGGUACCGCACGUACCCGACAUGGCGUAUGCGUCCUGGUCGCACUGCCAGGCCACGUACUCGGGGUCACUCACAUCGGGACCCAAUAUCUUCCUGACAGACAGACAGACAGACACAGCAGCCAGGCAGCCCACCACACACACACACACCGAUACACAUGCAGACACCAUAGAUAGGGACGGACGGUGGCAUGGCCUUGUGUCGCGAUGGAUGCCAUAUGUACCAGUCGAAGCCAGAGUCCUCUGUCUUCAUGCGACCCUUGGUGAGCUUGCUGAGCUUCUCAGAGGUCUCGGACGAGCCUGUGAACUGCACCAUGCGCACGGCAGCACGGCUGACCAGAUCACUCAUCACCGGACCCCUGAGACACACACACACACACACACACACAGACAUGCAGAGAGAGAGAGAGAGAGAACGAUAUGCCUCUCUGCGCACACACAUGCAGGAUUCUCUUAUCAUGCCUGUCUGUGUGUAUGAGGGUAUGGUUAUCUGUACCUGCAGCUGAUGAAGUCGAUUUCGUCCUUGGGGAGUCCGCAGAAGUGCAUGAACCGGAUGAACUGCUCGACGGGCAUCCCCAUGGUGCUCUCCGUCUUGACCACCGGCUUGUUGCCCACCAUCGCCGCGCCCAACAUCUACACACACACACGCACACAAUGGUCCGUUGUCGCUGAUGUGGACCAAAGUACUUAUCCCUCCCACCCACAAACACACCUGCAUGCCGCAGAUCUCUAGAGGGAAGUUGAAGGGGGAGAUGACGGCCACGGGGCCGUACGGCCACCUGUACCCUUGCGACUGCUGCCCGAGAUGGUCCCCCGCCACGGUGAAGCCACGACACAGGAAACGUACCUGCACACAUACAAUACAUGUACACACACCAAUGUCAGUCAGUCAACGGGCAACAAACCACGAUAGACCCCGGCUGGCUACCAUUGAUGUGAUACGGCCUGCUCCUCUCCCUCCCUCCCUCCCUAUCAAUCAUUCACUAGUUCCUUAGUUACCGAGUCGCCGCUGAAGUUCUCCAGGAAGGUGCGGAUGAUGGUCAUCUCGCCCUUGCACUGCACACACACACACACACACAGACACACACACAGGGAUGGGAUGCCCCUUCCCUGCCUUGACUCGUCCCCCGUCCCGUGUGUGUUUCAAGGUUGCCUGUGCGUAUGACUUGGGCAUGACCCUCUGGAUGCACUUGACGAAGAAGUCGAGCACCUCGGGGUCGUGCAGGUGCUCGGCAGCCUUCUGGAACACACGGCCGUACAUCAGAUACCUGAAUGAAUGGGCAAUGUGCAAAGUGCAUAGACGCGAAGCCACCUGACGUGUGUGUGUGUGCUCUGUGUGUGUGCUCUGUGUGUGUGUGUGUGUGUGUGUGUGUGCGCGCGCGCACCUCUCCGGGCUUUUGAGUGGGUUGUGUCGGCCGCUCUUGGGCACCUUCUUCAGACUCGAUACAAACGGACCCAACUCAUCGCUCUGAGUCACACACGAAUCACACACCCAUCCAAAGACAGCCCAUCCAUUCACUCACACAGCCGUGGCACAUCCAUCCAUCCAUUUGUCCAUUGCUCUCAUGCCUAGUACCUACCGUCGUUUUCGGUGCCUUGAUGAAUGGUUCGCCAUUGAGUGGGUCCACCACGCUAUAGGUCUCCUUGGACUUGCGCCAUUCGCCCUCGACAAGGUUCUCGAUGUGGUGGACUUCGCUGGCACUCAGCGACACGGGAUCUACGGUGGCGAACUGGCUGACUGUGCUGAACAGACGGCAGGGGACGGAGCGCCAAGCCGAUGGAUGGACCGAGGCAUGCCGCAAAAGGCUGGGACGCAGUGCUGACGUCAGCAUAGCGGCUGCCUCCUCGUCACUCUUCCGC